CAAAUCGUGUUUUCCAGAGGGGACAGGACCCCAACGUGUACCUGAUGCCCAGUUCCGCCACCAGAGCCAAGAGCGCCUUCCGGGUGAGGGUGCGUUACAUGUACAACCGCCUGUGGAGCGAAUGGAGCCCCACGCAGCGGUUCGGCCUCCCGGAGCAGGAUUUCAGCGGCGCCCUGGUGGGGCCCGUGGUGGGGACCGCGGCUUUGUCCGCGCUCGUCCUCAUGUUCUUCUGCAAACGGUUCUCCGUGAGGCGCAGGAUGUUCCCUCCCAUCCCGCAGGUGAAGAAGGAAAUCGCCAGGGCCCUCAUGCCCACACCGGGGGUCGCCUGGGACGAGGGCCACCCCCCGCCGGGCCCCCAGGACCCCGAGGACGUGGUCACGCUGGAGGCAACGUGCUGACGGGCACGGGGACCAGGGGAGAUGGUGCGUCCCGCCUGCGAUCACUUCUGGCCCCGUGUGGUGUUAGUAAAACGUUAGAUAAAUAAAAUAACAUAAGAGAA